CAAGUUGUGUUUACGUAUAUGUUUGCCCAAUUCUUUUAGAUAUAUUAUCUCGAUGCAAAGUGUUGUAUAUUGCAAUAAAAUUUACGGUUGUUAAACAAGUUUUCUAUAUUAUGUAGGUGAUAGUAAUAACCCUGGUAUGUUUGUUAUUUCAAAUUGGUGGUUUUUGAAGAAAUCACUUAUUUUGAUGGUUUGUUGAUAUUUAGACAUAUUGCUGUGUUUUAGUGAAAGUAAAGUGCAAAAAAAUGGAAUCUAACUGUUAUGACUUAGAAUAGAAAAUGAAAGUUGUUGUACGCACACCACAUCAUGAAUCGGAACUUGAAGCCGUGCCCAAAACCUCUUUACGAGAAAUAUUCCACACUAUGGGCAAAUCACUGGGUAUACAGGAAACCUGGUGGUUUGGGCUGAUGUAUAAAGGUCCAGAUAAUGAAGAUGUAUGGGUCGAUAAGUCAAAAAAGAGUCUGAAGGACCUUCAAAAGAACCUCGCCUUCAAUUACGCAGUGAAAUAUUAUCCCGAAGACGUUACAGAAGAAUUAAUUGAAAGCAUCACCAUCGAAUACUUUUUCUUGCAAGUUAAAGCACUUAUUUUGAAGGAUGAAAUAUACUGUCCUGCUGAUACGUGUGUCCUCUUAGCUUCUUAUGCUCUUCAAGUCAGGCAUGGGGACUACCUUAAAGACCAGGUCAAUGAAGAUGUUUUUAAGAAGCAAAAGUUAUUACCAGAAAGGGUAAUAAAACAACACAAUAUGCCUCUCUCAGAAUGGGAAACUAGCAUAACAAAUAUGUGGUUAAAACACAGGGGAUUAGAUAAAGAAGACGCCAUGUUGGAGUACCUUAAACUAGUACAGAACUUGGAGAUGUAUGGAGUUUCUUAUUUUAAUAUCAGAAACGUUAAAGGAACUGAACUGCUACUUGGCGUAACCGCACUAGGUCUUAAUAUUUAUAAAGUUGAUGAUAGGUUAAAUCCUACAAUUUCGUUCCCAUGGUCUGAAAUAAAAAAUCUCAAAUACAAAGGCACCAAGUUUGUCAUCAGACCAAACGAUAAGUCUGCUAAGAAUUUUGUAAUUAUAACCACCAAUGAAAAAGUUAGUAAACAAAUUCUCAACCUGGGAAUUGGAAAUCAUGAAUUGUACGUAAGGAGAAGGAAGCCUGAUACACCAGAAAUAACAAGGAUGAAGGAAAAGGCAAAUGAAGUAAGAAAAACAAAACUAAGUAUAAGACAAAAGUAUAACUCGGAAAGACUGGCGAGAGAAGAAGCUGAAAAGCGUGAAACUAUGUAUAAACAGCAACUUGAAGAUAUGAGAGUUGAAAUGGAAAGGAAACAAGCAAGUUUAUUGGAAGCUGAGAAGACUAUUAGGAAAUUACAAGAGCAGCUAGAGGAUCUAAAACGUUCAAAAGAAGAAUUGGAAGCGCAGCGUGUGGAAUUGCAGGAAAUGAUGGAAAGAUUGGAACGAAGCAAAACCAUGGAAGCUGAAGAAAAGUUGAAACUAGAAGAAGAAAUAAGAGCUAAGCAUGAAGAAGUACAAAGGAUUCAGGACGAAGUUGCUAGAAAAGAUGAAGAAACACGUCGACUACAAGAAGCAAUUGAGGAGGCUCAAAGAAAGGAGGAGGAGGCCAGACUAAGACAGGAAGAGGAAGAGAGAAGGCGUCAUGAGGAAGAAUUAAGGCGUGAAGAGGAACGUCGCCAGAGGGAAUUAGAAGAAGCAAAUAGAACUGAAAAGGAAUUAGAGUCAUUACCAGAUGCUGAUAAUACUUUACCUGAUGUAAAACCAAUUAAUGAUCAGUUAAAAGAACAGCUAAAGACUUUGCAAGAGCAAUUGAAUGCUACAAAAACUAACGACGAAAGCGAAUUGGACAGGAUCCACCGAAUUAAUCUCCUAGAGGGCAGGGACAAAUACAAAACUUUACGAGACAUUCGCAAGGGAAACACUAGCAGAAGAGUGGAAAUGUUUGAAAACAUGUAAAAUAUAUUACAGUUGUAUUUAAAGCUCAUACAAACUCUUUAAAUGUAACAUGUAUUUAAUUUGAUUAAUUAUUUGCGUUGCUUGAAUAUACAUGGAUGCGUAUAUUUCAAAAUUGGGAUUUUCAUGCAUGAAAUAUCGCGAGUAAAUACUUCCGAUUUAAUUAAAAACAUUCCAGAACUGCCAUUUUUAUUUGUUUAAUAAAUAUUUCACCCGUUUUAUGGAUAUUUCUAACGUUAUUAUUGUUUUAUAAUUUUUUAAGCGUUAAAAUGUUAAUGCCUAAUUUAUUAGAAAUGUUAAUAAAUAUUUAAAUCUAGUAA